CAAUUUGCAAGUCAGUCAAUCAGGUCAAAAGUCAAAUACGUUACCUUUAUUUUCCCCAUCAAUCAAUCCAUCCAUCCAUGAUCCGUCGGGCGUAGCCCCAUUCGUCAUCAUGGACUCUCAAUUUCCCACCAGCGGGAAACCACCACCACCACCACCACCAGAUCGACGGUUACAAAUCCAAGGCCCUCGGCCAUCUCCACUCAAAGUUAACAAAGAUUCCCACAAAAUCAAGAAACCAACAUCAGUUCCACAGCAACAGCUAGUCGAACGCCGGGACCCGGUGAUUAUCUACGCCGUCUCCCCUAAAAUCGUCGAAACCACCGUCGCAAGCUUCAUGACCACAGUCCAGCGCCUAACCGGACUCUCCACGGGCGACUUCUCCGGCGCCGACGGGAGCGUAUCGCCAGCAGCGCGCCUAGCAGCGACGGAGAAGGUCAGCCCGACGGAGAGGGAGAGGGAAAAGGAGAGAAUUAGUGAGGUGAUGGCUAUGGUGGAUGAAUUAGUGGAAGUCUACAAAAGUCCGGGCAUCUUGUCACCAGCUCCGGCCACGCUACCGCCAGUGCCAACUGGGUUAUUCUCGCCGGCAAGUAACACAUAUCAGAAUCCGAUACGGAAUGAAUGGAGCCCUUCGGCAUUGCUUUCAGGUCCGAUAAUUUCCCCAAUUCAUUCACCGGAUCUCUUCAAUCUUUUUUUCGACUUUUAGGUAUUUCCAGGUUUUUUAGUUUUUCUCUCUUUUUUUUGUUAGGUUUUUUUAUAGCUUUCUUGUAAUAUGUUUAUUCGAGUACAUAUGAAUAUUUCAUAUGAAUGAAUGAUUUUGCUUACAUUAUUCAUGCUUUA